CCUUAAAGUUACGCAAUUGUCAAAAAUGACAAUUAGCGAACAGCUGAAAGUAUGAAAUAAUUAUCUAAAUUGUGUGGUGAUUUGUAAAAAAAAUGGCUUUAAGAGCGGCUUUUAGCAAGCUUACAUUGCAGUCAUCAGUUCGACUAAUUAGCUCUACUUCCAUCAGUCGUUUGCAAGUAACUCCAAUUUUAUGUGCUGAACCACUGAAGAAAAAGAAGAAACUCGACCCACAAAUUAUUAAACAACGUGAGGAUCGUCGUAAAAAGAAAUUGGAAAAACAAAUUCGACGACUUGAAAAAAAUGCCAGACAGUUGAAACCAAUAGAAGAACUUGAAAUUCCUCUUACACUCCUGGACGAAAAAGAUAAACGCAUCCGGAAAUUGUUACCUUUAAGUGAUAAAGAUCUUGAAACGAGGGCAUUACUAACCAAGAAGUGGGCGAAAUACAAACAUCAGCAGAAAGUCUCUGACUUCCAAACAAUCGACCGGCUGUUACAAUCACAAAACAGGGCUUUGGACGAGCUGCGAAAAGAGUCUGAAGAACUAUAUCAAGAAGCUAUUCAACAAGAUAUGGCACUUUUACCCGUAACAAUUAAAGGACCUGUAGCAACACCUCCAAUUAAAAACUAUGUUAGUCCAGAUGGCGAUUACAUUCAUGAAAACAAAAAAUGGGAUUAACAUGUCAAAAUAUUAAAAUCGUUAUGUUGAUACUGAAA